AGAGCGAGAGCACCGCGCGCAGAAAACGGACUACUGUAUUCCUGAAAGAAGACAGCGUUGAGGAGUUUGGACACUAGUUUAAAAAAAAUGAGUAUACGGGACUAAACAGCACGGAAUUGAUAAGUAAACACACGAGGUGAUACUUUGAAAGCUAAUAUUCCAUUUGAAAACAGCCGGACAUAGGCUACAACACUCAAAGACCCAAGGAGCGGCGUGUGCAAGAGUUGACGGGAGCCAUGCAGCACUACGGAGUGAAUGGAUAUUCUCUCCACGCCAUGAACUCGCUAAGCGCCAUGUACAACCUCCACCAGCAGGCGGCGCAGCAGGCCCAGCACGCCCCUGACUACCGGCCGUCAGUGCACGCGCUCACCCUGGCAGAGAGGCUGGCUGACAUCAUUCUCGAGGCCCGGUAUGGCUCCCAGCACCGAAAGCAGCGACGCAGUCGCACAGCCUUCACUGCCCAGCAGCUGGAGGCCCUGGAAAAGACCUUCCAGAAGACCCACUACCCUGACGUGGUGAUGCGUGAGCGCCUGGCCAUGUGCACCAACCUGCCAGAGGCCCGUGUACAGGUGUGGUUCAAAAAUCGCCGCGCCAAGUUCCGCAAGAAGCAGCGCAGCCUGCAGAAGGAGCAGCUCCAGAAACAGAAGGAGGCCAACGGAGAGGGGGGUGACAAGGAGGAUGUCAAGACCAAAGACACCUCCACCGCAAGUGUGCCCUCUACCCAGAGCCCUCCACCUCCCUCCUCCUCCACUUCCUCCUCCCUCUUGGAGUCAAUGCAGCCCCAGCCUGCAGAGAUGAACGUGGAGGUGAACGUCACCUCCCCGGAGCCCUCAGACAGCGAGUCGGCCGCCGAAGACAACGGCGAGGGAGAAGAAGAGCUGAGGAGGGAGAGGCUGCAGGAGGAAACGCAGCAGCAGCUUCAGGGGGAGAUGCAGCAGAGGGAUGCAGGGCUGCAGCCGGGAGGCGGCUCUCCGUCCUGCAAACGCCUCAGCCCCACACCAGGUUGGUCUGUCCCAGGGCUCCUACGCCUCGUCCCCCUCAGCCUCUUCCGCCUGCAGGAGCAGUUCCGCCAGCACAUGGCCGCCACCAACAACAUGGUCCACUACCCCUCCUUCGACAUGGGUACCCCCUCCUCCCUGCCCUACCUAGGCAUGAACGUCAACAUGCCCUCCCCCCUGAGCUCCCUGCCCUGCCAAUCCUACUACCAGUCCAUGUCCCAGGCAUCCCUGUCCCAGGCCCAGCAGGUGUGGAACAGCCCCCUGGCAGGUCUCCAGGCUCCUCCGGGCAGCAUGCCCAGCCUCAACAGCAAGACCACCAGCAUCGAGAAUCUGCGUCUGAGGGCCAAGCAGCACGCAGCCUCCCUGGGCCUGGACACACUACCCAACUGACCUGACCCCCCCCCCCCCCCCAGGGCAGGGCCGGGCAGCUAUCAAGGACGCAGCCAGACAUUGCUUAUUUGACUCCCCCGCAGGUUAGAUGCAUAGACCCAGUCCAAUCGCACUACUGCUACCCACCAAACCAUGUGGAUCAGAGAACUCAAAGCUACACUCCUAUAUCACAAAGCCGUCAUCUCAUACCGGGGCAAAUGCAUGGCGGUUAACAGUAUCUGAUGAUCUCAACACUAGAAUUGGGGAGAGUGACAGUAAUAUUAAAGAUGAGCUUUGCAUGCAUCCCGAGACAAGGAUUACAACUGCACAAAGAUUGAACCAAGAUUCCAGCCUCAGAUCAAACCCAUUCAAAGAUUUACAACAGCACAGACUGGCCCUACACAUCCCACAAUGCACUGCACCUGGCAGAUGGACAGUACUUCCUGUUAAAGAGCUACAUCCCACCUGCAAGAAUUUAUUCCACAUUGUACUGUAAAUAUUCCUCCUCGUUUGUUCCCAUCCCAUCUGCUUGGUUAGGGAGUAUAAAUCGGUGUCUCCUUUUGUGUCGAGGACUUAAACAGGAAACAUUCAAGCUAUUUUUGAAUUGUUCCAUUGUGGCUUUAUGCAAAGGACCUACAGUAGAAUGAGCCAAUACCUGCUGGGGUAAAGAUUAUAGUCUACGGUGGGAACAGAGUGACGUUCAAAUAUGAAUCUGUUUAAUCUAGCUAUGUUAUGUUCGCCUGGGUACCAGGUUGUUUCUGCAUAUGCGUUUAAGAGCGCCACAUCUUUACGGAGUCAAGACGGUGACAAAAAAAAAAUAUGGUGUUAUCGACUUAAGCAGAAACACACUGGCACCCAGGCCAAUGCUGUAUGUAUUUUAUCAUUGUAGAGCCCAGACAUGUAUUUCUCAAUUGUUUACUUAAAAUGUGAGUAAUUUAUCUGUUAAAAUGAA